GUAUUACUCUUCCAUUUAGUCGCAUUUAACGCGAACAUCUAUUAACAUCGUGACGGGACACGAAACGAUCAUAUAAAUGUAUCGCACAGUUACGUUAAACAUGAGGCUUAUCACAUUGUGUAUCACCUUGUCGUUUCUCCUUGGAAUCGCUCGAGCCACGUUGAAAGAAGAUAUUAAACAUUGGCGGAAAUUAGCUACCGACGAACUGGAGGAUGCUCUGUCGUACAGAUUUAUCACGAACAGAGCAAAGAAUGUGAUCAUUUUCGUGGGUGACGGCAUGAGCUCCGAUACCAUUACCGCCAGUAGAAUAUUCCGUGCUGGUGAGACCAGCCGUCUGGCUUGGGAGAGUUUCCCUCACAUAGGAAUUCUUAAGACGUACAAUACUGACAAACAAGUACCAGAUUCAGCUUCAACAGCAACGGCAUUAUUCGGCGGAGUGAAGACGAAUUACAACGUGGUUGGCGUAGAUGCGAAUGUAGCAAUAGAUAAUUGCUCUGCGAGCUUAAAUACUAGUUACCACGUGGACUCUAUCAUCUCGUGGGCACAGGCGUUUGGUAAAGAUACAGGGUUCGUGACGACCACCAGGGUGACUCACGCGACUCCAGCACCCUUAUAUGCACACAGCCCGAACAGAAAAUGGGAAUGCGAGUCGAAGAUGCCGAAGACUGCAGAAAAGUGCAAAGACAUCGCCAGACAAUUGGUAGAGGACCUGCCAGGAAAAAAUAUCAAGGUAAUCAUGGGUGGAGGUAGACAAAUGUUAAAAUCCAAUGCUAUGGGUACUGAAUUCGAUCCCAUUGACACUUGGGCUGGUCAUAGAGAAGAUGGUAGGGACUUGAUCGAAUAUUGGAAGCAAGACAAAACUUUUAGGAAAUUGUCUUUCGAAGUUGUUCAAAAUAAUGAAGAAUUGUCUCGAGUGAAUACGGAUGAAGUGGAUUAUUUGCUGGGUCUCUUUGCGAAUGGUCAUAUUAGUAUGGAUUGGAACAGAGAGAAAGGUCCCAAAGGACAGCCGAGUCUCGAAGAAAUGACUGUAACUGCAUUGAAGAUCUUGCAGAAGUCGAAAGAGGGCUAUCUUCUUGUGGUUGAGGGAGGACUCAUCGAUUAUGCUCAUCAUCGUGGCCACGCUGCACAAGCGUUAUUAGAAACCGUCAGAUUCUCAGACGCUAUUAACGCAACCUUAAGGAUGGUUAACACGCAAGAUACUCUUAUUAUUGUAACUAGCGAUCAUACUCAUUCCUUGAGCUUUAAUGGAUACAGCGAUAGAGGUUCAAACAUUCUAGGCAUAGCUCAGAAGUCCAAGCACGAUGGAAUCCCGUAUACAACGCUGACUUACAGCACAGGUGGGCCAAAUAACAUGGCCUACAAGAAUAAUAAGAGAAUAGAUCCUUCAGAUGAAGAUACGACAGCAUUCAUCUACAGUCAACAAGCAACUAUCAUAACCGACGAAGCUUAUCAUGGAGGAGGUGAUGUUGCUGUCUAUGCUUUGGGACCGUAUGCACAUCUGUUUCACAGCGUGCACGAACAGAGUUAUGUUGCCUGUGUGAUAGCACACGCUACUAACAUGGAAUCGGUAGCUUAUGGCAACAAUGCUGGAAAUCGAUAUAGCAGUCUGGUAAACGUUCAUACUGGAGAAGAUAGUAAGAAGUAAAAAAAAAAAAAAAAAAACGGAAAAUCAAAGGAAGAACUACAGUUAUGCUUAUUUUGAUAAUGGAAAAAACAGAAAAAAGAAAAAUGCGUACAAACUUCCUCUUGAGUAAAAUCGUCACGAACUUUUCGAUCCUCUAAUGUUGCAAUGCCUACGCUCACGCGCUAUGUACGAUUAUUAUAGUGUAUUUGUCAGUCCGAUGAUAAUAAAGUACAAAA